AUGAGCGCAGUUUAUAAUAAAUCCAGGGUUGAACCUUUAACUCCUCGAAAGAACCACAAAAAGAGAUUAAGUCCUUAUAUGUAUUUAAUACAUGAUAAUAUAAGAAAACAAGACUUAGUCAAUAAAUAUGAAAGUUUUAUCACUGAUAAGCACAACUAAGUUUUAGGAUUGAAAUAGGCAAGAGCCAAAAGCAAUUUAGGAAGAUAGCAAGUCCCAAAACUACCAUUUGAGCCACAUUAUAAUCAUGAAGCCAAACGAAAAGAAGAAAAAGACUAUUUACUCAUGCACAAAAAUAGAUCUGUUGGAAACAAUCAAUUUAACUUAUCAAAUAACGAAGAUCUGGAAUAAUCAAGUAUUAUUAAGCACAAUACUUAUUAGGACAUAACACCUGAAAGAGGGAAUUCUGUGAUGUAUUUAGAUAACUAUUCAACUGCUAAGAAAGAAAUUAGAACUUAAUCAAGUUCUCCUGGAGGAACAACUAAAAAAGGUUCUGUAAAGAAGAAAACUAUGGGAACAUCGAUUAGGGCAAGAUAUGAGAAAUUGAGGGAUAUUUUAGAGGAAAGAAAUGAGCAACUAGAAAAGGAAAGGUUAAUUUUUUUAGGAUGUAUUCAAAAAAUAAAAGAACUUAGAAUAAAAUAUUUUGGAGAAAGUGAGGCUUAUUUUAUAGAUCCUAAUGAGAAUGCUAAAAAUUCUUUUGAUAAGGAAUAUUGUGCACUUGAGUUAUGCAUUCAGCAUGAUCUUUAAAAGAGCUAAGACAUAAAUAAAUCCAUGAAAGAAGUAGAAAAUAAAAUUAUUUAGCAAGAAAAGCAAAAAAGUUAAUAAGUAAUUUUAGAAAUUCAGAAAGAAAAAGAAGAAUUUCAAUUAAAAAUGCUUGAAAAAGAGAAAGUAAUUUAAGAGCUACAUAAGGCUUUAAAAGUGUCUGAUUCUGAAGUUUAAGCGUUGUCUAAAGAUAUUUAUUCUUAUCAAUCUAAAUUAAGGGAAUAUUAACAGCAAAAUACUUAAUAAUUAGAAUAAAACAGAAAAAUGGCUAAAAAAAUGAAGGAAUUAAAGAAAAUAGAGGAAUAUGGAACCACAAAUUAACUAGUAUAGCAAGAAAUAGACAAUCUAAAGUCCUCUAAAUCUGAUAUUGAAAGAAAAUACUACGAGCUCAAGCAUAAAGUUGGAGAUAUUUCUAGGCUUAAAGAAGAUAAUAUUAACUUAAAAUUAGAACUAGAACAUAGAAUUAAAGAUCUUACUGUUGAAAAUGAGAAAAUUAGUAGAGAAUACUAAAUUUUACUUAAGGAAUAUAAAAUACUAAAAGUUAAAUUAAAGUAACAAGAAGAAAAAUAGGUUUGA